UUAUGCACUUAUUUUUAACUUUUAUAAAUCACCUUGAAAAACUUAAUAGCAUUCGCAUGAAUCAAGGAACGUAUACAUACAUCUGUAAGAUUGGCAUAUGUAUAUGAAGAUAUUUUUUGAAAAGAAGAAUAAUACGGAGAUAGGGAAAAGAAGAUGAAAAUAACGAUAAUGAUAGAUAGCGUAACGAUUAUUUUACCGAUCGGCAUGUAAAAUAUACAUAUCAAGAAAAGAGAAAGAAGAGUAAAAGCGCGUGAUUCCGACGAUCAAUCUUGAUUCUAUGAAGACGAAGCGAAAGUAAGAAAGAAACGUAGUGGGGACCAAGAAGGUAUAGACUAUAGCGAGUCGUUAAGAAGCUGCAGUGUUUCGCGAAGGAGACACAAUUCGAAAGAGGAUUAAAAUAUACCGUCUAUUUCUCAGUGACCAGUGUUUGGAAUAAUCGAUUUGGAAUAAUCGAUUUGGUAAAUCGCGCGAAUCACUUUCAUCAAAUUAAAUAAAAAAAAGAAGAGAAAAAUGAUUAACGUAUAUUUUGUAACGAUAUUGGCUGUGGUUGCUGUAACACACGGUGCGUUCAAUUGCCCGAGUAAAGAUGGUCAAUACGAAGACACGAAACAGUGCGACAAAUAUUACGAAUGCAUCGAUGGCAUCGCCACGGAGAAACUUUGUCCAGAUGGACUCGUUUUCGAUCCCUUGAAUCGAAAAGUAAACAAAUGCGAUCACGUAUUCAACGUUGAUUGCGGAGAUCGCCUUGAAUUGCAACCUCCUCAACCGACCAAGAAAUGUCCUCGAAGGAAUGGUUUUUUCGCUCAUCCAGAUGCAUCCGUUUGUAAUAUUUUUUAUAAUUGCAUCGAUGGCGAAGCUAUCGAAAUUACAUGUACCACCGGAUUACAUUUCGACGAGUAUAGCGGAACAUGCGUUUGGCCCGACAGCGCUGGUCGAGAAGGAUGCGGAGUAGUAGACAAAAAAUUGAAAGAUGGUUUCGAAUGUCCAAGAGAAAGUCAAGUGGACACGAGAGGAAUGGUCGUUGAUCAUCCGAAAUUUGCUCAUCCAGAUGAUUGUCAGAAGUUUUAUGUCUGUUUGAACGGAGUAACACCACGAGAACAAGGUUGUAGCGAUGGGACCGUUUAUAACGAGGAACAACAAAGAUGCGAUGCACCGGAAAAUGUUCCCGGCUGCGAGGACUGGUACAAGGACGAUGAUAAGAAACCAUAAAAUAUAUUUCAUAUUUAUAUGUCCCGCAUCGGGAUCUCGGCAUCGUUUUAAAAUCACGUCAUCUUCGUUCAGCGUAUAAUCACGAAUGUUACGACAAUCGACAUUGUUCAUAAAUAAAAAAUUUUAUUUUAUCUCA